AUCUGCUUCUAAUUUUGUAGAACUAAUUAUUUUAUAGUUUGAAGCUUUUAAUAAAAUAUAGAUUAUUGAAAAAACGUAAAUAAAAAAACUUUUAUUAGUGUUUUGAAGAUGAAUAUAAGAAUGUGUCCCUGUCUUGAUCAUCGGGUAUCUGGUUUUGAGGUGUUGAUUAACGAGCUGCUGCCUGUUUUAAAGAAUGUUGUUUACUGAAGCAAUCAAUCAAAUUCCACGAAGAAUCAAGGCCAAGAAACCGUCCAAGGGUUAUACAUUUCAGGCUGAGAAAGGACCCCUGAACCUUUACUGGAUGGGGUGAGUGACUUCCUGCCAGGUAUAGUCAUGGGUGAAAUGUGUGUUUUGAGAAGAGCCUCAGCGGCCAAUUUGGAUCCAGCAAUCUGAUGAACGCGAAAGGCAUUCAGCGGGUUCUGAAGAUGGAUGGUACUAGUAAGAUGGAUGAAAGUCACACAAUCUCCAUGAUGAGGGUUGAAUCAAGGGUUCUGUAAGGUUACAACAGCAUGUCAGAAACAAACCUGUAGACCUACUGACCCAAGCUCCAAGAACAUCUCCUAAAAGCCAAGUGAAUUACUGUCAUUGUGUACAAAUGAUUACAAAACAUCAAUCUCCUUUAGUCUGAGCUGCAUGCAAAAUCUGACUGCUCAAAAACUCAAAAUCGGACCAACAAGGAAUGGAUCAAACAUAGAGUUAUGAAAACUAAUGGUUUAAGCUGCCAAAUCUGGACAUUCCACAACAAAAAUGCCUAAACUGAUCUCAAACAUGGGGUUUGUUACACAUGAAUAGUUUAUACUUAUUAAAAAAAUAUAAAUUUAGAAUUUUUAAGACCCCUUUUUUAUAUUUUUUUUUGUUUUUUUAGAGGAGUCUUAUGCAGUUUAAAUAUAAUCACAGUUUAAUAUUUUUAAAUCUAAACCAUUAAUUAUAUGUGAAAAUAUACAGAAAUCAAGAUUUAUCCAACCUAGUCAGUGGACUUUGACUCUGUUAGGGACUUAAACCCACCCUCUGUGGAUGCGUCCCGAGAACAUGUGGGUCCCUCCCCCGUUCCACAGAGGAUCAUUCAGUGGAGCAAAGAUGGCUGCGUCUCUUGUCAAAAACUUCCUUGUUGGAAACCUGAUGCCAGAGAAAUGCUACGAGCAGAUUUUCCUCACAGGCAACGUGCACGUUCCGUGCCUGAAGUUUGUGCUGAACAGAAUUGCUGGAUUCUGGAUCAUACUGGACACGUUUUUGGCUCAGAUUCCCCAGCUGCUGAAGAUCCUGUGGAGGGGAAGUGCAGAAGGCCUGAGCGUGGCGUCCGUCCUGCUGCAGCUUUAUGCUAUCUCAUGUCCUGUUGUUUACGCCGUGGCUAAUAACUUCCCGUUUUUUGCUUGGGCGGAAAGGCUCUUCACUUUGUCUCAGACAGCAGCCAUCCUCUUCCUCAUCAUGCACCAUCGGGGCGAAACCCUUAAAGGUCUGUUGCUCCUCCUGGGUUUUGGUGGAGUGAUGCUCCUCCUGGCUCGAUGUGCGGCCACUGCAGUCGUCUCGAUGAUGCAAGCUUCCAGUUUAGCAGCUGUUAAUGCAAGCAAGGUUUUACAGACAAUAACCAACCACCAAAAUGGCCACACGGGCCAGCUGUCCACACUGUCUGUGUUUAUGACGUGGACCGGGUCUCUGGGGUUCAUUGUAGUUUCUCUGCAGGAGUCGGGCGGCUCUUUUACCAGCCUGUUGCACAUACUGUCCUCAUGCCUGAGCUUUGUCCUGCUGCUCCAGGUCUGCUGCUCCAAGAGAAAGGCGAAGACAGAUUAGCAGACAGGAGAAAAAACAUGUACAAUCUUUUUCUAUGUGACAUGGGUCAAUUCUGCUUUAAAGUAAGUUGUAUUUAUGUGAAAACUCAGAGCAAAAAUGUUUUUUAGAAUUAAAGAGAAGUCCUUUGACUCCCCCUGGUGACAAGACCGGCCUCGUUCAUGUUUGAAAUCCAAGAGUGAGUGACAGUCACUGCUUUGUUUGUACAUGUGUGUAUACAUAUAUAUGUUUGAGUUUCUUAAUUUUUACUUUUUUACAUCUUCCAAUCAAUUCAUGACUAAAUAUCCUAGCUAGGUUUGAUAUAUUUUGUUUUAUGUCUUGAAAUAAACCAGUUUUUUAAAUAUUUAUUCUCACAGGUGGAUAACUUUAUUUAGAGUUCAGUUUAUUUAUUUUUUACAUUUAUUGAACCUUUAUUUUACCAGAAAAUCCCAUUGAGAAUAGAUUUCUUUAUCAGGGGAGACCUGGGCCGAAAGGCAUCAACUCAAGAAAACAAAAUACAGUUAAAACAAUGAUAGUAGAAAUAAAAUACACUUACCGUAAAAUACAAUUAAAAUGAAGAGGAUGACAAUAAUU